CACUUUUGUAGUGAUCAUGGUACAUAUAAAUUGUUCGAGACAACGUUUUUUUUUUCUUCAUCUUCAGUGCAGGGAAACAUGCAAGGCGAUAUUUUCAAUUUGCGGAUACUUUUUACCUCGUGCAAGUCGGUAAUUAUAUGCUGGUGGAUUUUUAAUGGAAUUUGCCUGGCGAGCGUCAAAGAAAUACGAGACAGAAAUAAAACCGAAAAGGAGAAAUUAAGACACGAUUUGCUGCUGAACUACGAUUCGUACGCUUUACCGGAUUACAAAAACUCCAAUGAAGUCGAUGUUUUAAUGUUAUUCAAUUUCGCCGAACUGGAUUACCAGAAGAAUAUUAUUUCAAUAAAUGGCAUAACCGUUCUGUCUUGGCGUGAUAAGCGUUUGAAAUGGGAACCCUCCAAGUACGGUAAUAUUGAAAAUUUGGGUUUUGAUAACGAUGAAAUUUGGAAACCGGAUUUAGCUCUGUAUAAUACCGCAGAUACCGAUAUGAGAGAAGAUUUUGGAAAAACUAAUAUCGCUUGUCAUUAUAAUGGCAGUUUAACGUGGGUAGCGCCAGCGUUGUUUCGAGCAUUUUGCCCAUUGGAUGUUUUACAUUGGCCAUUUGAUACGCAAAUUUGCGAUCUGAAAUUUGGCUCGUGGACUUACGAUCGUUCUAAGAUUGAUUUGAAAAUGCGUGAUUUGGGAAAUCCUAGCGAUCGUGCGUUUUCGUCGGAAUGGAUUAUUAAAAAAGUCACUUCGAAAAAGAACACGAUCUUUUACCAAUGUUGUCCGGAGGCUUACGUUGAUAUCACUUACUCUGUCAAGGUUCAUAGGAAACAUAGCUCUUUCAAGAUGUUCAUCCUUUUUCCUGCAUUUGUUAUAUCCCUUCUAACUCUGUCUUUAUUUUGGAUACCUUACCAAUCCUCGAUAAAAUUCAUACUAGCAGCGACUACAAUGGUAUUGUCCAGUUUACUGUUGAGCUUCUACGGCGAUAAAGUUCCAAUUAUGCUGCACAAAGUUCCUCUAAUAGUGAGAUUUUACGAUAAUGUGUUUUGUCUGUGCGUAUUAUACAUGAUAUUUUGCGCGGUUACGUAUGUCAUAGCGGAGCCUGAAUUCCGAUGUAGGAAUCCUAUACCAAGCGCUGCUGCUCUGUUUUUAGAUUCUUUUAUCGUUAAUUAUUUGAUAUUUCCGUCGGAAAAGAAUUUGAGAAAUACUUUGACCACAGGCUCAUCAGAAGAAAAUGGUCAUAAUCCAAUUAUUGAGAACGAUAUAGAAGUACACGUUGAUCGUGUAAAUGGAGUAGAAUGGUAUUUAAUAUUUAUAAUGAUUAAUCGAGCAUUAUUUGUGAUUUAUACUAUAAUUUUAGUCAUCUUAUUAUUCAGAAUUAUUUUAUUGAUUGAAAGUUGACAUUAUUAUCCGAAUACAUAAUUUUUAAUAUUUGA